CACAUUACGAAAUUGGUAUAACUGCACCUGCCCAACAGUUUGAUACGGACAGUCGAUUUGUGGCCGACAAAAUGAUCAUCUUGAAUGCAUUCAAGGACCUGACGUUGAUGAAAAAUAUCCUUCAUCGAGAGCCACCGCAGUCCAUCAUUGUUCUUGGUGGAUUGUAUCACAUCAUGCAAAGGAACGUUUUUCAACUAAAGAUGUGCGUCGACUCCUGGCCUACGUUCAGCACGGCCAUCUGCUACCGUCAAAACCAGAAUGGGGGCCAUUUCAAGGAGAGUCACGAGAAGUACAGCAUCUUCUCCAAAAACCAAAAGACUUUAAGGCGUCUGCUGACUGAUGACAAACUUCAAAUCAAGUGGAGGAACGGACUUGAAUUUGAAGUUGCAAAUCAUCACUCUCAAAUCAUCUGUGAACUUGCAUCUUUCAGAGGAUUCCAUGUUGAGGAAAAUGGAGGUUACCAUUCCAACAUCAACUACAGCCCAGAUAAGUUGAACAUGUCAGAAAAGACGUCCACGCUAGCAACAUCUACUUUGAAUGAGCCCCAUGCAGAGCUUGUGGUCCAACAGUUGCCUUAUGCAGGAAGCAACGAGAUCAAUCGAGUGAAAGCAUACAUCCAACAUUUACCAAACUGCUGUGUGGUGGAUGAGAAGGGACAUCCCGUGUCUUGGCUACUGACAGAUGAGCUAAAUGAGAUGAGAAUGGCUUACACUCAACCAAAGUACAGAAAGAAAGGUCACUUUCAAGAUAUGAUGCAUACUCUGAUCCGGCAAAGAAUAUCAGAAGGUUUGCCCGUCUACGUCCAUAUCCAUAAAGACAACGAGGCCGCUAUUGGAGUCGUGAUCAAGGCUGGCUUCACCCGUGGUGACGAGACAACCGUCACGUACAUGAGUACAUCUGAGAAGUAAAUUAUCACCCUUAAAGCUGUCUCUGUUUGGAAACCACGGACCUUGGAAUAAAAAUAAAUAAACGCUCAUUGUGAA